CGAGGCCUUCCUCCUUUGCAGGCUUUUUUUCCCUUUUUCUUUUUCUUUUUUUUGGCACGCCCGCCCCCAAGUCUGGGAGGGUUUCCUGGACAGAGGUCCCGGUGGCCGCUGCCUUAAGACGUGCAGGCCGGGCCGCGGCCGCCACUGCUCUCUGACCCAGGCCAAAGCAGGCAGCAGCAGCAGCCCCAGCCAGUGCAGCAACAUGGAGCUCUGGGGGGCCUACCUGCUCCUCUGCCUCUCCUCGCUCCUGACCCAGGUCACCACCGAGGAGCCAACCCCCAAGGUCAAGAAGGCUGCAAAUGUCAAGAAAGAUGCUGUGACUGUAAAGAUGUUUGAGGACCUCAAAAACCAGAUGGACAACCUGGCCCAGGAGGUGGCGCUGCUGAAGGAGCAGCAGGCCCUGCAGACAGUCUGCCUGAAGGGCAUCAAGGUGCACAGGAAGUGCUUUCUGGCCUCCACCCAGGCCAAGACCUUCCACGAGGCGAGCGAGGACUGCAUCUCGCGCGGGGGCACGCUGGGCACCCCGCAGACGGGCUCCGAGAACGACGCCCUGUACGAGUACCUGCGCCAGAGCGUGGGCGCCGAGGCCGAGAUCUGGCUGGGCCUCAACGACAUGGCAGCGGAGGGCGUCUGGGUGGACAUGACCGGCGGCCACAUCGCCUACAAGAACUGGGAGACCGAGAUCACGGCGCAGCCCGACGGCGGCAAGGCCGAGAACUGCGCCGCCCUGGCCGGCGCCGCCAACGGCAAGUGGUUCGACAAGCGCUGCCGCGACAAGCUGCCCUACAUCUGCCAGUUCGCCAUCGUGUAGCCGCCCGGCCGGCGGGGAGGCUGCGGGCCCCGAUCCCGCUCCGGCCGCGCCGGGCGCUCGUGCGCUCGUGCAAAUAAAGCUGGUGCCGCUGGG